AUGACUCGUAUAGAACAUAAUUCAAAUAAUACAAAUAAAAAUUUGAAUACUAAUGAAGACUUAUUUAAUUUAUUUAAAAAUAACAGUAAUUUAGUAAAUUCUAAAAAGAAGGUAGAAAUAAAAUCCUUAAAUGAUUUAAUUCAUAUUUUUAUAUGUGAUGAAAAUCAAAUUUUUAAUAAAUAUACACCAUGUGAAAUACUUGAAGGAAAUAAUAAAUACGAAGAAAAAGUUAAUAAAAAAGUUAAAUUCUCUUCAGAAGAAAAAAAUAAAAAUGAAAAACAAAAAUUAAAUAAAACUAUAAAUGACGAAAAUAAAAAAAGUUCAUCAUUGAGGAAAGACAAUGAAAUUAAUGAAGUUGCUCUAAAGAAUAAAAGAAAAAUUAAUUUUAGAAAUGCAGAAAUAGAUAUUUUAAAAAAAAGUGAUGAUGCAUAUCCUAUUUGCAUAAGUGAUAGUUACAACGAAAUUUUUUAUUUAUCAAGGAAAAAUGUAAGCGAAGACUGUUUUCAUUUAAAAAAAAUACAAAAUAUAUGUAAUGAAGUAAAAGAUGAUUUAAAAUUUUAUAAAGUGGAAAAUCAUGAUAAAUAUAAAUUUAGACCUAGAAAUAUUGAUUCCGAUUUAUUAAAAAUUAAACAUGGCUUAUACGACACAGAAUAUGAUAAUUAUGAUAUUUGCGAUUCUAAGGAUUCAGAAAGCAAUUCUUUAAAAAAUAUUAGAAAAAAGUGUAAGGAGGUUGUUCAAUACUUAAAUUUUAAUUGCAAUUUAGUAGACAUAAAUGAAGUAGUUGAUAUUUUAAAUAUAAUAACCAAUCCAGAUUUUGAUGAAAGAAUAGAUAAAUAUAAAUAUUUGAAAUUAUUUAUUGACAAAUAUCAUCACGUUUAUCCUUGUGAAGACAUUACUGGAAUAAGAAAAAUUAGAAAAUAUGUUAAAAACAAUUAUACUCAUAAAGGAGAUUUUUAUAUAAAUGAAAAUGAUAUUUCAGAUAUGUAUUUAAAAACAAAUUUAGAAAAAAUAAAUAGAAAUGAAUACUUUAUAAAUAAUAUGUUAAAUUUACAUAUAGAUAAUGGAAAAUUUUGGAUACUACUUGUGCAUAAUAUAUGGAUCCCUCUUUUUAUAGAAAAUAUGAAUUCUCUUCAAUAUUCAUUUUAUUCUUACUUGUUAAAUUAUGAUAAUGAUGUUGCUGUUCUUGAUCAAUUCACCUGUUCAAGAAGAAACAGAAAAUUUUACAAGUUUUCUCAUUAUAUUUUUACAGGAAUAUUAUUUAGUGGUAUUCCAAGUAUUUAUAGGUUGUUAAUGAGAUUAUGUACUUAUAAAUAUUGUGAGGUAAGAAUAAAUAUGAUAUUAGAAAAAAAUUAUGAUAAUAUUUAUAAUGAAGUUGUUAUAUCAAGUUUAAAUUAUCAUAUUGAUGCAAUUAGAAAUUUUUUUCCUUUUUUUAAAGAAUAUAAAAAUAUAAACAUGGAGCAAAUAGUUGAGAGUUUUUUUAACUCUUCUUUUUUUAAUAUAAUAAUUUCCUCAUUAAAAAAGAAUAAUAUUGAAAAGGUGAUUUUACAUCAAAAAUAUUUAAAUUUUAUUAACUCAUUUUUUUUAAUGAUAACAGAAUUUUUAUAUGGAAUAUCAAGCAAAAAAUGUCUUGAUAAAAUAAAUGAUAAUCAAAUAAAAUUACUAGAUUGUUUCGAUGAAAUUUUUUAUGAAGAUAUGAAUAUAUUAAUAGGUAGAGAUAUUUUAUUAUUUGUAGCUGAUUUACUAUGUUUAUACAAAUUAAAUUCUAUAUAUAUAAAAAAGAAAUAUUGUAACAUUAUUUUAAAAAUGACAAAUAUCAUCAAAAAUAAAUAUUAUACUAAAGAUUUAUUAACAAAUGAUAACACAUGGAAACAAACUUAUGUAAUUGCUGUCAAAAUUCAUUAUUUUAUAAAUUGUGCUUUAGAAAGAAAACAAACUGUAAAUGAUAAUAUCAUGUUGCAAGAAUUAACAUUAAUUAAUAGAUUUUAUUUUAACAAUUUAAAGCAAGAAAAUUCCAUAGGUGAAUUUUAUGACUUGGAAAAUAUAAACUAUGGUAUUUAUUGUUGGAAUUCUAUUUGCAACAAAUAUACUAACAUACAUCAUUAUGAAUAUAAUAAAAAUAAUUUUGAAUAUUGCCAGGGAUGCUACAUUGCAACAUAUUGUUCAGAAUAUUGUAAAUUAACUCAUCUACUUUCAUCACAUCACAAUGUAUGUGUUUAUUUUAAAAAUGUUCCUUCUUUUUUAAAAUUCAAUACUUAUAAUGUUGAUUUUAAUUUUUAUGAAAUGAAAUAUUUAAAUAUUUUCCAAAAUAUUGAUGUAUUCGAUAAAGAAAAUGAUAAGUAUCAGAUAAUUUAUUGA